AUGGUCGAUGCACGGCGGCCCCCGGGCGGCUGCAGCCCCCUCCCCUCCCCUCCCGCGCUGCCAUCGGGGGCGUUCGAUGCCGGCCCCGCUGCUAAUGGCUUUAGCCUGGGACUGAGGGGGCCAGGGUGGUCCCUGCUCAGCCCCCCGGAUGCAUCAGAGCCCCCAGGGCAGGGUCCAAGCAAGCUGAGAGAGAUUGCAGCGAGGGGCAUCCAGCCUGAAGCGAGCGAAGACGAUCCAUCGCCUGACAAUACCUCAGUGCCUCCCACCCUAAUUACUGCCACAGCUCAGCACUUCGUUAGCACCGGCUGGCCAGCAGCCAGCGGCUCCUGUGGCGCUGGAGCAUCCAGGUGCCAGCCGGCCCCGCCAGCCACCCCAGCCCCACUGAACCUGCACCUGGUGCUCUGUGGCGUGGGGGCUCUUGCCAGGCCCGGGGGGCUGCGCUGCCGCACUCCAGUGCACCUGGGAGAGCUGUGCCAGGCUGCCACCAACAGCACCCCCAGCACGGCUGUGGCAGCCCGUGCUGCAGAGCCCGGAACACAGAUGCCAUCAGGAGCAGGGCCUGUUGUCAUGCGUGUGUCCGAGCGUGUCAGCGUGCCUUGUCUGGUUUGCUGGUUGCACACUGUCCCAGUCACCUGCCACUGGUGCCACUCCUCACAGCUGCUCUCUGCUCUCUGCAGGGUCGUGGAGGCCAGCACCCUUCAGCAGGAGAGGCUGCAGGCCAUCGCGGAGAAGAGGAAGCGUCAGACGGAGAUCGAGAACAAAAGGCGGCAGCUCGAGGAUGACAGGCGGCAGCUGCAGCAUCUCAAGUCCAAGGCUCUGCGGGAGAGAUGGCUCCUGGAAGGGGCCCCAGCUUCUGCCUCCGAGGAGGAAGAGGCCAUGAAGAAACAGAUGCAGGAGGAUGAGGUGAAGACUAAAGAGCUGGAGGAAGCCAUCCAGAGGCUGGAGAAGGAGCUGGAGACGCUGGAGAACAGCAGCUCAGUGGCUUCGACCAAGGAGAACCUGGCAGAGGCAGCAGCCAAGGAGGAGAAGGCUGAAGCUGUCCCCAAUGCACAGAAGAGUCCCCUGGGCACAGUUAAGGCCGACAAGAGGGUCUCCAGCAGCCCCAUGAAGGCAGUGGAAGGCAGUGACAUGAUGAAGGCGGCCAUGUACUCGGUGGAGAUCACAGUGGAGAAGGACAGAGUCACUGGGGAGACCAAGGUCCUGUCCAGCACCACCAUGCUCCCCCAGAACCACUGUCUGCAGGGGGUCAAAGUGUACGAGGAUGAGCUGAAAGUGGUGCACGCGGUGAGUGCCGAGGACGGGGCCCUGCAGAACGGGGCUCACCCCCUCAGCUCCUCCGAGGUCGACGAGCUCCUGCACAAGGCGGACGAGGCCACCCUGAGCGAAGCUGCUGGGCGCCAGACCCCAGCCAAGGCCGGCAAAGGGGGUGGCGGCAGCGCCCCGGGCAGCCAGAAGCCAACGCCACGGCGGGAGAUCACAGGGCUGCAAGCCAAGGUGCCGCCGGGCGAGGGGACAGAGCCCAGCCAGGAGCAACCCGUCACCAUGAUCUUCAUGGGCUACCAGAACGUGGAGGAUGAGAACGAGACCAAGAAGGUGCUGGGGCUGGAGGGCACCAUCAAGGCGGAGCUGGUGGUGAUCGAGGACGCCGAGAGCAAGCCGGAGGCGGCUCACAAGGACCACACACCGCCCAACGGCACGGCGCUGGAGCCGGCGGCCGCCCAGCCGCUGGGCGAGGAGGGCGCGGGCGGGCAGAAGCCGGGCGCCAACGCCACAGACGCCAAGGAGGCCGAGCAGGAGGCGGAUGCGAAGAAGCAGCGCUGCAAGUGCUGCACGGUGAUGUGAGCCCCCC